AGCCUGGACCUGAAGCCCUCUUUCACCUUCGAACGCUUACGAGCAGAGACUGGGGGAGAGCCGGCGCUCCAUCCUCCGCGUCCAUGGCCGUCCUCCCCAUCAACAAGUUCGAGGAGAAGAUCGUAGAGACCGUGGAAGAGAACUCGGUGGUAGUAAUUAUCGGCGAGACCGGAUCCGGAAAGAGCACCCAGCUCUCCCAGAUCUUGCAUCGCCGUGGCUACACUCGUUCCGGCGCAAUCGCUGUCACCCAGCCUCGCCGUGUCGCAGCGGUCUCCGUCUCUAGGCGGGUUGCAUUUGAGCUUGGUGUUCGACUUGGUGAAGAAGUUGGUUAUGCAAUUCGUUUUGAAGAUCGAACCUCUGAAAAAACUUGCAUUAAGUACCUAACUGAUGGUUGUCUUCUUCGAGAAAGUCUAUCUAAUCCAGAGCUCAAUCAAUACUCAGUUAUUAUUUUGGAUGAAGCUCAUGAACGUAGUUUGAACACUGACAUUUUACUGGGCUUAAUGAAGCGCUUAACUAAGAGACGCACCUCAAAUUUUAAAGUUCUUAUCACUUCAGCUACCCUAGAUGGCGUCAAAGUAUCUAGAUUUUUCUCUGGAUGUCCUGUAUUGAAUGUCCCUGGGACAUUAUUUCCUGUGGAAAAAUUUUACAGCACUGAGCGUCCUACAAAUUAUGUUGAAUCUUGCCUGAAAACUGCUCUUGAUAUCCAUCUGCGUGAACCACUUGGGGAUGUCUUGAUUUUUAUGACAGGACAGGAUGAUAUUGAUAAAAUGGUAUCCAGACUAGAAGAUAGUAUCCAAAAGCUUGAAGAAGGUUCCUGUGUGGAUGCUAUUGUCCUCCCACUUCAUGGCUCUUUACCACCAGAAAUGCAGGUUCGCGUAUUCAGUCCAGCACCACCAAAUUGUAGACGAUUUAUUGUUUCGACAAAUAUAGCAGAAACUUCCCUCACUGUUGAUGGUGUUGUGUAUGUCAUUGAUUCUGGAUUUGUGAAGCAGCGGCAGUACAACCCAUCAACUGGAAUGUAUUCUCUUGAUAUCGUUCAGAUAAGUAGGGUUCAAGCUGAUCAGCGAGCUGGCCGAGCUGGAAGAACUCGUCCUGGCAAGUGUUACAGAUUAUACCCGAUAAGUGUUUACAAUGAAGAGUUUCUUGAUGCCACAAUACCAGAAAUUCAACGAUCAUCUCUUGCUGGAACUGUUCUGUACCUGAAGUCACUAAGCCUUUCUGACAUUGACAUCUUGAAGUUUGAUUUUCUUGAUCCUCCAUCACGUGAAUCAUUAGAAGAUGCUUUAAGGCAGUUAUACCUGAUUGACGCAAUCGAUGAAAAUGGACAAAUAACUGAUAUUGGAAAAUCUAUGGCUGAGCUUCCAUUGGAGCCCUCACUAGCAAGAACGUUGAUUGAGGCAAAUGAACUUGGAUGUUUGUCUGAGGCUUUGACUGUCGCUGCUAUGUUAUCAGCAGAAGUUACAAUUCGUCCUAGUCGAAGUAAGAAUAAAGAAAAAAAGAGAAAACAACCAUUUUCCAAACUACCUGAUGGUUGUGGGUGGGGUGAUCAUAUCCAACUGCUUCAGGUGUUUGAAAGUUGGGAUCAUGCUUUCUAUGAUCCAAGUUGGUGCACAAACUAUGAAUUACAGGUUCGCAGCAUGAUGUUUAGCAAGGAUGUGAGGAAUCAACUAUCUCAGAUUGUGCAUAAGAUAGCAAAAGGACCAUUGGAUGUAGAAUCAGGUAUAAUGCAAAACAAGAGUGAUAAAAAUUACAGAAAACUCAGGAGAGCUUUGUGCAAAGGCUAUGGAAACCAGUUAGCUGAGCGGAUGAUUCAUCACAAUGGCUUUCAUACGCUUGGUUACAGAUCACAACUUGUGCAGGUCCAUCCUUCCUCUGUUCUAGAAGCUGAUGAAGAUGGUCAAUUGCCGGACUACGUCGUGUAUCACGAACUCAUCAGUACAAGUCGUCCAUUUAUGAGAAAUGUUUGUGCUGUUGAAAUCUCAUGGGUCCAAACAAUCUUGCGGAAACUAGAGAAGAUGAACAUUCACAAGUUGAGCAGUGGUGGUUCUGACACUUUAGAGAGCCAUGAGAUCGCAAAGGAAGGGAAUUUAACAUUGCCUGUAGAAAGGGCCAAUACCGACAAGAAAUCUGAUUCCACAGAUAGUAAAAUUCAGGCAGCUCGGGAAAGAUAUCUUGCUAGAAAAGCAAAGAAGUAAAAGAAUUUUCAAGGAACCCGUAACAUCGUCGGUGGAAACAGCUAUUGCAUGCUGAAAAUCUGACGUCAGGAUAGUGAAAUUCAGUCCACUUGUAAAAGAAUUCUUGUGUGUUUCCAUCAUUGUUGAAAUCUUUAAAUCAUAGAUUUUGGAAAAACAACUAAAACAGGAACUGCUAGAACAUUCAACGGUUUUACUGUUAGAACUA